AUGAAGUCCAACGAGAAAUCUGGUGGACACAGUAAUAGUCUGGUCAAAUCUAGUAGGUCAUCUUCAAAGCGAAAUGAUUUUGAUCAGAAGAAGAAGAAAGAGGAAGAGCAUACACAGCAAGUGUUUGAGGAGUUUGUCGCCACUUUUGAGGAGCCUUCUAAGUCCCGAGCGUGGGUUAAGGGUGGUGUCGUCAAUCCGUCUUCAGGCUCCUCAGAGGAUACGAAAGGGACUGGCCGCAUAUACAGACCUGUCUCGAAGUUAGAUUCUAGAUUAAAUAAAACUGAGGAACAAAAUAAAGCAGAUUUCAAGAAAUCCACUGAAAAGCCUCCAGCUCUCGGCAAGCGCAAGGGACAAGAACAAAAAAAAUCUAAACUAGAACAGUUCAAAGAGGAGCUCAAAUUGAUUCAACAACAGAGAGAGCAAAGACAUGCAUUAAGACAAGGGAGAAAUCAACUCUCUACACAGUCUGAACUAGAUCUCUCCGAUGUUGGUAUGCGUAAUCGGGAAUAUCGGAGGGGUUCUUCGAAUAAUCAGGGUGGAGAUUCAGGCAUGGGUUUUCACAACACAGUGUCGACACCACCGAGCUUUUAUUCUAAACGCAGCCAAAAUGAUCGUCAUGAUGGUACUUUCCACUUUUGA